AUGAUUGAAACAGCAUGGCUCAGUGCCUUUUUAAUUGGGGCAAGCUGUCUUGCUGUUGGUUACCUUGUUGGCGUGCGCCAUUCUGCUGUUCGCAUGAACCCUGCCUCAACAUCCUCCACUGAUAAGCUGACUAUCAAUGGCAAAAAAAAGAGCCUGUCCAAACCAUUGCUAGAGAUUGAGAGGCUGGCUGACAUUCUUGAAGAUUUCAAAAUGGUUUUGGUUGUCCGGAAUGACUUAAAGAUGGGGAAGGGGAAAAUUGCAGCUCAAUGCAGUCACGCAACCCUGGGUCUCUAUAAGAAAAUUCUCGAUCGAGCUCCAAAAGCUUUGAACAGGUGGGAGAUGUGUGGACAGGUUAAAGUAGUUGUUAAGAUUGAAAGUGAAGACGAGAUGCUGACAUUACAAGAGAGAGCAAAAUCUCUGCAUUUACCAACUCAUAUCACAAUUGAUGCGGGAAGAACACAAAUUGCGCCAAAUUCAAGGACUGUGAUGUGUGUUCUUGGGCCAGCUGAUAUGGUGGAUGAUGUCACUGGUGGCUUGAAACUUUUAUAG